AUGGCGGAAACUCUGCAGAUCCCGGGCCCAGACGUGGCCUGGUUGGCUCCUCGUCUACCGUCAGAAUCUGCCAUCCAGUCAGCGAGAUCCCAGGGCCGUCCGUUUGUUACUCUGACAUUUGCAACAUCACUGGAUUCUUCCCUUUCCCUCGCCCCUGGUGUGCGUACGCGCCUUUCGGGUUCCGAGUCCAAGGCUAUGACACACCAUCUUCGUCGUCACCAUGCCGCCAUUCUCGUUGGCGUUGGGACUGUCCUCGCCGAUGAUCCAGGCUUGAACUGCCGCAUCCACGGUGCAAAUCUCGACGCCCAGCCACGCCCCAUUGUCUUGGAUCCUCGUGGCCGAUGGGACUUCACCGAACGCAGCAAAGUUUUCGAAGUCGCCCGCGCCAACAACGGCUUGGCACCAUUUGUGCUAGUUGGCCCGUCUGCCGUCAAUCCGGAAAGAAAGGCAAUUCUGGAAGCCCAUGGCGGUAAAUUCGUCGUCCUCGAACCUCAGACGACCGAAUCGCGAUUCGAUUGGCCUUCCAUUCUCUCUGUUCUUCACGCCGAAGGUCUGGAAAGCGUCAUGAUCGAAGGCGGCGGGCAUGUGAUCAACUCGCUUCUUGACCCUGCUUACCAUCGCCUCGUUGAUAGAGUUAUCGUAACUAUUGCGCCCACUUGGCUUGGACGCGGCGGUGUUGUUGUGUCUCCCGACCGAGUCCAGAAUACCGAGGGCAUGCCUGUGCCAGCCGCCAGGCUCACAGAUGUUGCUUGGCACCAGUUUGGUGAAGACAUAGUUCUCUCCGGUCAACCAAGUCUAGACACCUAG